AUGACCUUCAAUCCAACAAUUGUAAAGACACCCAUCACACCUCCCACCACCACCAGUGAAUCGAAUCAGUCUCUGAUGACCGAGGAUGCCACCGUCAGCAAAAGUGUGGAAAUGGUUCGACCCUUCCUCCAAGGCAUUGAAGACAACUCUGUACUCAUCGACAUUACUAGUUUGCCUAAUCAACAGCUCUUACGAGAGGCUCUGCAAGUAUUCAACAAAGGUACUCAUCUCAGAAAAGGCUACAACGAUUAUAUCGGCAAAGCAUCUCGCACUCGCAAGUAUAUGAAUCGAAAGAUCAUGGAAACAUGUUGGAUCCACGACAGUCCUGGCCACACCGCAAUCCUGCAGGGCUUCAACCUGACGGAUGGGACCUUUGUCAAGGGUUUCCCCUCUCUUCCAGCUAAUGACUGUCAUAUUUUGGAGAAGUCUUAUGGCAUCUCCUUCACUCAGGGCGACUACGUCGGACAAGGCUAUGCCACUCUGAACAUCACCCCCAAGCCAUAUGAGCCUGCGUAUGAAACCUUGGAUCGAAUUAUCUACUUCAGAUUGGAUAAUGGCACCAACCGUCAGGUCCUUCUCAAAUGGCAAGAUAUGCCAGAUUUUUGUCGUCUCUGUCAAAAACCGGACCAUUGUAAAGCCAAUUGUCCUGAUGCCAAGAAGUACACGCAAUGCUACAACUGCAACCAGCAUGGACAUGUCAGUCGCAACUGCCCUAGACAGGAUAACACUGACACCCCCAACAAGAAGCCCGCUACGAUCCCCAGGAAAGAUCGCAAGGUACCUACUCCCAUCAUUCCCCGAGAGCCCAACCCUCCCAUUGGCCCUAGAGUGGUAGUAGUCAAGACCCAGGAAACCACAGACACUGAGCCAGCCAAGAAGCAACAGCAACAGAACAAACCUGAACCCACCAAGGAGGAGGAAGAAGGUACUGAUGAGGACAACAUGAGUAUUGAUUCUCCCACUCCUCAACCCAAAAAUAACAAUGAUGGCGUUACACCAAAUGCAGAUGCUGCGAGCGCACAGACAUCUGACAACAACACGCAAACAUUGACAUCACCCAAUGCAGCUGAAUCAAUUCUGAGUGGACAAGAGCUGAUCAAGCAAAUUAUGCCUAACGACAAUAUGAAGGAGCCUCUUAUUCAGGAACGACCAGAUCUAGAGGAUGACAGAGAUGGCAAAAAGCUCAGGACGGAGCAGGAACAGCGCGCCAAUCCCACCAGGCGCUUUACCAGAGGCAGUGCAGCCAGCAAGUACAACACGGAAACCGACAAGGACGACAAAGGAGCUUCAGACGACUCCCAAGGGCAGGAAACAUCAGAAACUGCUCAGUCCAACCCUCAAAAUUUAGAAUAA